CUCGCGCCCACAACAGCGAGAUAAGGAACGGCUGACGAGGAAUCAUCGGCCACAUCCAGCUCUUCCCCAAUUAACACUAUCAAGUGGACAUCGUUCCUGCCAGCGUGGGGGAAACAACCUGCCUCAAUUUCGUUGAUAGCGUACCUGAAGCACAGCUUCUCCCUUUCUCCUCUACACUCGCCCUUCAGCACAUUCCAUCAUCAGCUACACUCUUACUUUUUCUCUCAUAAAUUCACUUUGCUGCUCUACAUCAUUUACUCCCUUAUUCAUUUCAGCCACGGUGCUUCGAAAUGCAUCCCCUCAGGCCUCUUCUCGCAACCUGGGCGUGUUUAGCCCAGGUCAGUUUCGCAGCAGUAUCAUUCACAAAGUGGCCAACGACCAUUCAUACCGGAAAGCCAGCCACUGUUUAUUGGAAGGGUGAUUCGGAUACUCCUGUCACGAUUACACUGCGACAAGGGCCCGCCGGCAACCUUAGAACUCUCAAAGUCCUCACGCAUGACGCACAGGGAGGCUCCUUCACAUGGGUUCCCGACGAGUCCCUCGCCCCCGGCUCAGACUAUGCCUUGCAGAUUGAACAGGAUGGCAGCAUUAACUACUCUGGCCUUGUGACUCUCGUUGACCAAUCUGGGAAAAAGCCACAACCAUCAGCUUCCAAACACACACCUGUUUCCUCUCCGCUCGGCGGUGCGAGAACUAGUGUCCAGAAAGGUAACAAUGGCUAUAUUCCUACUCUGAAUAGUUCGUCUGCCCGGGUCAACAUGACGUCGGGUAAAAGCACAGCACACAAAACAUCCAACGACGGCGUUACCUUCCGAUACAUUUCUGCAGAGAUGAUCCUGGCAGCCAUGGCUGCUGUCGUUUAUUUUGCCGCUUAA